AUGGCAAACCCUUGCCCACUCUGGGGUGUGUUGCUCAGGAAAUUUGCCAUAGGCAAAAUUUCCGCAGCAGAACUGCAAGAGAUAUCCAGUGCAGCAGUGAAGUCUGGAGCCAACUCACAAGAGAUGCUCGGGCUGCAAAGCUUGGGCACCAUGGGGCAAGUGAAAGGCAAUUGCCACAGAGACUUACGCAGGAAACACUUCGGUGCCUUAUUGUCCCCUCAGCCUUGGAAGAUUCCUUGCCUCCUGCAGCAAAAGGAAGAGGGACAACAAACCAGCAAGAUUUCAGAUUGCUGGCUGUUACUGCCUCACAUGUGGACAGUGGCAUUGGAAGAGAAUGACCUUCUGCCUGCCUUGACAUGCCAGGAUGAGGAGCUUGUCGUCUUCUGGAAAAGCCAAAAGAGCAGCCCACAGAUGACCAGUGCAUUGUGGAAGGAGCUGGAUUUCAAGCAUCCUUCUCGGCUCCCCAUCCCUUGGCUGCUGCAUGGGGACAGUGCGCCAUACACUGAAGCAGACAGCCUGCAGGUGGUAUCUAUGAGGUGCAUGCUCUCCAAAAGAAGUGUGUCAGAAUCCCAGCUCCUGUUGGGAGCUGUGCCCAAAUCAGCAGGAACCAAGGAAGGCUGGUGCACCUUGAUGGAGGAGCUGGCCUGGAGCUUCAAGGAGAGGCAAACCUUGCAAGCCUUGAACAAGUUGCUGGUGAGGCUUUAUACAGAGCUGGAGGUCGAAGCUUCCAAGAGGAUGAAGCACCUCAAGUUGACAGACCUGCAACCUACAACAGAAGAGUUCCCUUGCCUCAGGCAUGUCAAAGGAGCCAAAAUCAGGGCCUUUGCCCCUGUGUGCCUAGAGCUUUGCAGGCUCUACAAAGACAGCAGGGUUGAUAAACACAGGCUAGCCAUGGUUUCCAGCUUGAACCAGCUCUACACCUUGAUGGGAGAGCACAGCUGGCAAAAAUGGGGCGCAAAGCAGGGGGAGCAGUUUUUGGCAGCCACCAACACCUUGCUGUCCCACUAUUCCUUUCUGGCUAGGGCUGCAAUGGAUGCAGGUGAGUACAUGUACAGCUUGACGCAAAAGCACCAUGUACUGGUGCAUUUGGCAGAGCAGGUGGGCUGGACAGCCCUGCCAAAUACUUUGCCUGCAGCCCAGCAUCUCAAGCACAAGGGGAGUAGCUGCAACAUGGAUUUGCACAUGGCAAAGAAGCAGAAAGUCUUGUAUGUCAAGGGGGAGGGCACCUCAAACCCAGUGCUGCUGGCAGAAGGGUGGUAUCUGGAUCCAAAUGAGGACUCACAGGUGCUGGUUCCUCCAGACACCCCAGCUAUUGAAGAUGAGGAAAGUGCUGAAGCUGAGGAAAGCCGUUAUUGCAACUGGUCUUUGAAAUUGCGCGUGGCUCUUAUUGUCAUCCUGACAUGUCUAGGCUUCGAAGUCUUGCAGGGGGGCCUGCAGCCCUUGUUGGCAGAGGCCGAGCGGGCCAGGGCGGUGCCGGCGAGGGAUGCUGAGAAGGCCUUGUCCGAAGUUCUCGAGGACUCGUCCUCGGCCGCGAAGUUUGGGAAUUUUUUGGGUCCCGACAUGAAGGGUUUGCUGAAACUAUACGAUGCUAUACGGAUGUUCAUGCCCAGCCGCACGGAUUGGCUGCUGGAUCAGCGCUCUGCCAUGCUGGUGGACUCGUUCCGCGAGAGCUCGGCGCAGGUGGCAGGCGCGGCGAAUGGAACCAACGGAGAGACCGUUGACCAAGGGUUGCAAGACCGGUUGGCUACAGUGGUGCAACGCUUGAACAAGCUUCGAAGUGGCUUUGAUGGGCGUACGGAAUCCUUGAUGGUGGGCUUGCAUCAUGCUGAGAUGAACGGCAUGAAGGAGACGGAGGCGCGGCAUCAGCAGGCUGAACGACUCCAUCAAGAGGUGUCUCAUCACCGGCAGCGUGAGCAAAACCGGGCGGAACGCGCUGCCGCGCAGCGCGUCAGAGAUCAGAUUGACCUGGUUAAGGAGGUGGGACACGUUCUACAGGGUGCUUGGACCUCAGUUGCGCGGGAGUCGGCCCGCGCCGACCUUCGCUACCGCGGCCUCCGCGUGUCGGACGACCUUUCGGGUGAUCGGGACCAGCCCAAGUGGCAGCUUGGCCAGCUGAGACCCUUCGGCUUGACACCCGACGGUCGCCCAAAGCGGCUUCGAAUUCACAACGCCUGUGGCAGCGAACCGGUUUGGAUCGCUCAUUUGGCGGGCAAUGGCACUGGGCCUGACCUGCAGAACGUAAAGAUAGAGCCCAAUGCCAUGUGGGACUUUGUCACCUCCACAAAUCUCUCGAGCACCCGCUACUGGCCGAAGUACCGCUGUGAUCAGCAUGGCAAUCAUUGCUUGAUCGGUGAGAGUGGCGGAGUGGGACAAGAAUGCGACCAGGAGGGCUGUGCGCCACCCGUGGACACCAAGUUUGAGGCCACGUUCGGGGACAACGCGCACCUCUGUGACUUUGCCACGCAGAAGGGCUGCGACUGGGUGGAUGUGAGUCUGGUCGAUGGCUUCACAGCGCCGUUUCAGCUCUCCAUCGAGGGCACUUGCUAUAAUGGCUCUGGUGCAUUGGUUGAGGAUGACCGGAUGCACAUUGAUUGCAUGGGCUUGACUUUGUACGAUUGCCCACCCUUUGAGGAGCUAGCUACCCAAUGGGUGGAUUUGCGUGCCACACAACGCGGCAAGGUUUUGGGCUGCUACUCACCCUGCAGCAAGCUGACCUUGAGGCAGUGGAACAACGAAAUCGCAGAAGGACGUUCACCAACUGAUCAUGAUCUUUUGCCCUAUUGCUGCCCAACGCCCCCUGUGACACCCAAGAAGUGUCGCAAAGGGCCGGUGCGAGAUACCCAAUAUGUUCAGACGCUGAAGGCACGCUGUCCAGCGGUCUACGGCUUUGCGUAUGACGACGGCAUGGGGCUCCUGCGAUGCGAAGCAUCUACGCGAUAUUUGUUUACGGUUGGGUGUCCAUCUGCUCCAGACUACGAGUUCCCCGAUGGCCUUUUUGCCAAGAGGAAGCUUUGGAACCUUCCUCCUCUUCCAUCCGUCACCGUGAAAGGAUGUGAGAUUGGGAGUGCUGCCAUUUGCCCGGACGGCGGCCGAUGUGAUGCUCAGACUCCGUGCUGCUCUGACGGCAGCCUUUGCCCAUCAUGGGGCUGGAUGGAAGACCCAGCUGCAGGUUGUCCACACCCCAAGAAGUUGAAUUGCGUGAAAGGCCUCACGAAGGCCCGAACCUUGGAUAUGUGCCACGUGGGCGACUUUGUCCCCUGCCCUGCCACAUGGUCGUUGAAGCGCACACGCGGCGACCAGUCUGGCCAGCAGUACUUUUGCUCCGGCGAUGUUUGCUGCCCGGAUGGCAGUCUGUGCCCCUCGGCUUCCGCGUCCACCUCAGCGAACUGCAGAAAGAAGACCAGCUGCGUGGUGGACCAGAUCAUCACCUGAUCGUGAACCAGAGAGGAAUGAUCUUGUGGCACAAGACGCUUCAAGACGACAGCAGAUCGAUGCCCAAGUCAUGAAAAAGAGUCGAUGCCCUCAUUGUAUCCCUC